CCAAUCGCAAAGAAGAGAGGUUGUCGUUGCCCUGGUGCUGGUAGCCCGGUCGUGUGGUGUUGUGUGCAAUGCAGUAAAACCGUUGCCAACGAAUGAGCAAGCCGAGCCUCUCUUGCGUUGCUCCUGGCUUCGCCGAGUCCGCCGCCUGACAGAGCGGCCAACAACCAGACGGUAUUAUAAUGGCGUACGUCGGCUACAUAAUCACGCAUCGUGCUUCUCAAACCAUCAAUACAUAAACCGCAGGCGAAGAUAAAAUAAAAUAAAAUCAAGUGAUAAUCAUCAAUCGGCGUGAUUCACGCUGCUGCUGGGGACUGGAUUUUGUCAUCUCGACAACAAAAACAAUCCCGACGCUCUCUCGGGAGGAGCGACGGACGACGGUGAAAAUGUUGUCUGUGCGUGUGUGUCGCUCGUGGUGCGAUGGGACAAAAUGCGAAAAAUCAACCUAAUCGCAUCAUAAACACAACGAAUUUUCUUCAUUCAAUCACAGACUGAUUAAUUUUUAAGCAAGGUGGGAUGCACUGAAGACAUCGCUGAUACAAUGCACUUGGCAAAUAAUACAAGCGAUACAGGAUGUAGUAGUGGUGGUAGUGGAAUUGGUGGAGGCGCCGGUGCCGUUGGUAUGGUCAGCGGCCCGUCAUCGCUGGUCGACGCCGGCCACAACGAAACAUGCCGCUUUCCCAAACUGGAGGAGUGCGCGCACUUUCACUACGAACGCGUGCAGCUGCCGGCGAUCGCCGUCAGCAUUCAAGCCAACAUGGAGCGAUCACUACACUCGCAACACACGCAAGAUGAAGACGGUGAAUGGUACAUGGUGCAAGUGACAUCCGGUGAUGAGUGCUGGCUGCUCCAACGCACAUUCGAAAACUUCCGCCUGCUGGACUCGCAACUCCAUCAAUGUAUCUACGACCGGAAAAUCUCACAACUACCCGAUCUAUCACUGGAUAAUGAAAAAGCGGAAGAAGCACUCCUAGUCAAAUACCUGCGAAGAUUCACAACCAUUGCGGAUAAUAGUAUAAACUGCGGGCCGGUGCUCAACUGGCUGCAGAUGGAUAACAAAGGGCAUCGUCUGUUAGUACCCUCGGAGGAAUCACGAUCGAUUAAUACCCCGGCUGUUGCAGCUGCAUACAGUGUACGUAGAUAUGUAUCACAAGCAAGAGAUGAGUUGAAUCUUGAAGUUGGCGAUAUGAUUAGUGUUAUUGAUAUGGCCAGCCCUGGGGAGUCGAUUUGGUGGAGGGGGAAGAGAGGUUUCCAGGUGGGAUUCUUUCCGCAGCACUGUGUGCAUAUUAUCGGGGAUAAAGUACCGAGGAAUAUGCCGCUGCCGGCGCCGGUUGUGGGGUCAUUAGCGUUGAGUCCAAUUAAACCUGUGUUGAGGAAACAUGGGAAGUUGAUUGCGUUCUUUAGGAGUUUUAUUUUGAAUCGGCCUAGUCGCAGGAGGUUGAAGCAGAGUGGGAUUUUACGCGAGAGGGUUUUUGGAUGUGAUUUGGGUGAGCAUUUGGGUGAAGGGAGUGAUAUUCCGACGGUUUUGAAGUGCUGCGCGGAGUUUAUUGAGACGCAUGGGAUCGUCGAUGGGAUUUACAGAUUAUCUGGAGUUACUUCCAACAUCCAAAAACUACGAAAUGCUUUCGAUGAAGACCGUAUCCCUGAUUUAUUCACCGAAGACAUCCUCCAGGACAUCCACUCGGUUGCUUCCCUACUAAAAAUGUACUUCCGUGAAUUACCCAACCCUCUCUGCACGUACCAGCUCUAUCAAAGCUUCGUGCAGGCUGUUCAGGGUUGUACCAGCAUGCGUAACACCCAUAACGACCAUGAGCGUUUGUUAAAAAUGCGCGAAGCUGUACAGAAACUCCCCCCGCCGCAUUACCGCACGCUUGAAUACCUCGCCCGACACUUGGCGAAGGUAGCCAAACAUGGCGACCGUACCGGAAUGACCGUGCGUAAUGUAGCCAUUGUCUGGGCGCCGAAUUUACUCCGCAGCGCUGAAUUAGAAGUGGGCGGCGUGGCGGCCCUACAGGGUGUUGGCGUGCAAGCAGUCGUCACCGAGUUUCUCAUCUGCUACGCCGACCUGAUAUUCUGUGAUAAUCUCAACGCCAAACUGAACGUGAGCGAUCUGGACGCGGCGAUGCAACAGGCGGCGCUGUUGAAUGCCGCAUCGCCGAAACGCAGCCGGCCGAAAUCCCUUGCGAUCUCCACGCCGACGAAACUCAUCACAUUGGAGGAGGCGAGGAAUAAGCAUCACAAGGACGCGUAUAUUGAAGUCGGAGGUGGGCCGGACUCACUACCCAAAAAGUAUCAUACUAUUAUUGAUCUACCAAUGCGGAAACGCGUGAAUUCAAAAAGAUCCCCAUUGGGAUGGAGGAGUUUAUUCGGGAAGAGUCGCAACAGGCAGAAACCCACGAUAGUUCAUCAUGUAGUCAACACAGAACAAGUUGAUGCUUCUUCUACGAAUGGUAAUACAAAACCGGAAGUGAAGAUUGUUUUGAGAACUGUGAAAUCAGCGGAAUCUUUAAGUGACCUUGAUCAACUCCCACCGCUACAGAAUGUGUUAUGCACCAAACCACCCGGGCAUAAUCGAAGUGUAUCACACGACAGCUACUUUGACACUUUACAAAGCUCCCAGGAGGGAUCCCUGCUGGAUUUGUCUGAGAUCCAAGUCAAUUUUGAUCUGGAAGAGUCCGAAAUGCGGAUAUUCAGUGAAGAUGAAUCUCUGGUGUCAUCCCCACGUGUACAACCCCGAAGGAUACGCAUUAGCAGCGGUAACAACAGCGGGAAUCCAUCCCCAAAGAAACAACCAAGGGUUAUUCUAAGUCCUGACUCUGCAAGUCGUAAACGUACACGUUUGGAGGAACAAUUGAGUGAUAUACAAUUCAUCGACUGUAACACUCCCGAGAUGAUUUGUGGGAGUACCAUUGUCCAGGUGCAUCAAACAGAAGGGCCCAGGAAUAAAAGUCCGAGAAAUUCACAGUGUUUAGAGCUGAGGGAUUAUAAUAAACGGGAUUCACGUUUGUCACAGGUGAUGAUGACUUCUACAUCUACUGUCACAGCUGGAACACCGCAAUCACCCACACCGCAAAGUCCUACUUAUAAGUUGUUAGAAUCUAGCACGGGGACUACUCCUGGUGAUAUAAGUCCGCAGUAUUUGAGUAAUCUUUCUAAGGCCAUUGCGCCGUUGACGCCGGUGACUUCCGUUGCGUCUACCCCGUUAACCCCCACUCCGAAAUCACCCAAGAGUCCCAGUUAUGAUAAUGUACUCACGACGAUAAGCAUCACGUAUAAAUCCCCGACGAAAACGAAAAGUUUUCUUACUGAUGAGAGGGUUACACAAUCGCCGAAUUAUGAGACUGUGCUGGUGAAAGCGGAAGAUGCGCAGAUACCGACUUCGACUGCGAAUCUUCCUCUGCAAGCGGCAAGUACACGAUCUUCGAAUUUGAAUUUGAAUUUGAAUCUGGAUAUGGAUUUUUCGGCGUCUAUGACUAAUAUGAGUAAUAGUAUGAGCACUAUUAAUGAUAUACACGAUGAUUUACAGAAAGAGGAUGAUUGUGAUGUGCAUUUAUUAUCAACAUCUUUAGAUGCUUUGGAAAGUGUCCAGACAGAUGAUCGUACAUCGCUAAAUCUGAAUCUGAAUGAAGAUGAAGAUAGUUUUCCGAAAUGUGACACCACACUUUCGGAAUUGUUGGAUUCUUAUGAUCGGAUAGCAAAGGCAACAUCCGGUGAUUGGUCGCAUGUAGAAACGGAGGAUUUAAUCACCGAUACACAAGACACACAAGAUCUACAGGGUGUUGAUGAGAAUCGACACUAUGAAAAUGUGAAAAGUUCCAAUUCAUCAGAUGAUACCAGUAAUUGUCUGGUGAAUUACGAGAAUAUUAACUUCACGGAAGGAAUGUCUUCUAAUGGUGACAAUGAGAAUGUAGAGAGUUAUCUAGGACCACCCGAGGAAGACCUAAUUGAGUUUAGUCCUGUAGUAGAAGAAGUUCAAGGUUUACAGGCACAGGAAAAGCGGAAACAAUCACCGCAAGGUGCAGAUGAACAGGAUCAUGAUGUGUAUCAACAGGUGAAGUAUUUCCGGAGGUCUGUGCAUGAAUUGAAUGAGUUUAUUGCAUUGACACAUCAGGAUACUGAUACUAAUGAUGAAAGUUAUGAGAAUGUGGAUGUUGCCAAAGUUAUUGAGAUAAUUGAACCGGAAGAACAAGAAGACUCUACUUCCAUUGAUGAAGAUGAAAUAAAAAUUGUAGAAAAUGUAACAGAGCACACGCAAGUCGAAGUACAAAAUUUAGUCACGAAAUUCCCCGAACCGGAAACUUUUGAUAGUCUGGAAACAAACGACUAUGAAACCAUUGAGUUUACCAAUGAUUCCCUGGAAGCAGAUGUAGAAAAAAGCGUCAAUGAUGAUGUGAUCAAGGUGCAAAUCACUACAGACGUAAUAAAUCUACCGGAAACGGAACAUUUGAAUGAUAUCGAUGUGGCAAUGAUGACAGCGUCAAAGGAGGAUGUCAUGAUGACGAUCACAAUGUCAACUGUGGAUGAACCAUCGCCAUCACCACCUUUACCACCGCCGGAAGUGAAAAUCUCUCCGAAAGUAAAACAAUUAACUUCUAAAUUUGAAGUUCAGGAUGUCACGCGUCCUGUACCGCCGUGUAUACGCGCGAGGAACCUCAAAGCAUCGAAGAAAACAACGCGUAGUCUAGACGAGACGGAAUUCUUGAAAAACGCAGCACUUCCGGUUUCUACCAACGCAGAAACCAAUGGUGAAUCAAGCACACAAAACGAAGAUGGUACUCUUUUUAGACGUAAAUCUCUCGAUGAGAAUAUGUGUGGGUUUAAAACUAAUACUCUGCCGAAAACUCUGAAUAAACCCAAGAAAUUACCGGAUGAUCCUGAUAUAGGACCACAUGUUGUCCCGCACGAUGUGAAUGUUAAUCUGAACAGAGAGAGGAUUGAAAAGUAUAAAGAGGAGAGGCGGAAGUUUUUCAAUGAUAAAUACAAAUCGGAGUCUUUCAAAGAGAAUAAAGAUGUGUUAUUGAGUCGAUUGAAAGUGUUUAAACCACCCACGAAGGAAGAGGAAGCUGUUGUACCGGUUGUUGCGAGUUUAAAUGUGAUGGAAACACAAAUUGUUCAUACUACUGCAAAUUCUCCGGAGAAAAAGGUGGCGAAUGGGGUUAAAGCACGAACGGCCAUCUUUGAAAAUGAUGGGGAAGUUGAGAUGCGACCGGGGAGUGUUUCUAGUCGCAGGCAGAAGGUUACAACAGCGCCACCUGCGGCAAUUGAGCGUGAAUUGACAGAAUCUAGUUUUGAGCAAGCUAGAAGGAGUUUUGAACCUGCUCCAACAAGGAAAGAUAGAAGUUCGACAUCCUACUGCAUAAAAGACAUGAAGGCAAUCUUCGAAUCCAAGUCACAGCAAUAACCCUUGCAGGAUUUGACCAAAAAGACAAAACGAUAAAGAUAUAACCUCUCUAAAACUAGCAGUAAAUAAUCAAAGAAAUAUUUAUAACGCGCGCCUUUUCCACUCUUUCUCUAAAACCAAACUAAAACUUGAACAUAAUUCGUUUCACAACGUAGAAACUUGAACGAUUCAACGACGAUAAUUACUUCUAAUACGAGGCUUCCGUUUAUACGAAUAUAUUUAUAACAAACAAUUCGCCUAGAAAGGCCUACAGAGAAAUUUACGUACGAUUAAGAUUUAAAAAAAACUAUUUCAACGUAUCAUGAUUCAGAGUCACACAAAUUAAACGCAACACUUAGGGUUGCCGUAGCGAAACAAACCCACAAGAGACAAGCGAGACAAAAAUGUUGAUGUAGAUAUUCAGAUGGAUAUGUAGGAUCCCGUUGUAAUUAUUUAGCGUAUUACACUUUGGAUUUUAUAGUCAUUUAAGUCAUACUUUAAGUUUUAAGUGAGUUAUUGUUGAAGUUGCGGUGAAAACGUGAAACGUGCAAAUGGAACUGAACAUAUUUUUUUUCUUUUUUUUGACUAGUUUACGUGUUUAAUAUUAUUAUUAUUAUCAUUAUUACGAUUAUUAUUUAUGUAAUGGCGACCAGAGAGGCGUCUAGAGAGCAGCGCAUACCUGAUGGAUGAAAGUCACAAUACUUGUACGAAGAAGCAAACAAAUUGUAACGAGAUAUUAUAUUAUUGACAUAUUUACACGUUGUAUCACUACCUGUAUGAUAUUUUCAAAGGAAUUUGCGAUUUAUUUAUUUGUUAAUAACAUGCGCAUUUAGAUUUUGGUUUUGAUGCGUUUUGUUUGCGCUUUGAAAGCUUUCAGGCGACAUAUUUGUGGUGUCAAACAUCAGUGCUUCAAUUUUGGAUUAGUUUAGAAUAUUUUAAAUUAUUUUCAAGCGAUUGCAGCGCUAAAAACGUCGGGUUUUCGAGUUUCAAGGACAAGAAUUGAUAAUUCUGCAUCCCGCAUUGAUUUUGCGCCAUUUUGAAGCUGUUAAUAACAAAUACUCAUCGAAAAUGGCUCAGGGAGGUUCCGGCGCUAUCGCAUCCUUUGUCAAAGGAUUAUAUUACGAUGAAUUUAAAUGGUCUAUUGUGAAGAGUAUCAGUAUGUUUGCAUUGGGAGUGACUCUCGCAAAAGAAUUCCACGGCGUGGAAUUGUUUGUGCCCAGUCCCUAAUUCCAAUUGCACACAUUAUCAUGAUCAUCAUACAAAAUUGCUAGUAGCAAAGAAGGAAGCUGCAUUGUUGUGGAACAUUGUGAUUAUCUGUCCGCACAAGGCAUCUGCAUGCACCAAAGCUGAUAGAAGUUGUUUCAUUAAUUUAUCUUGUAGCCAGUCAUGUGUAAUUAUUUGUGAAAUAAAUAUUUUAUUCGAAAA